CUCUCUCGCGCGCUGUGCAAACUAUGGGAUGCCAAGUGUUCAGUGCACUCUUAACAGCUGUUAGAUGAUAAUGAGACAUCGUUCCUUUUGAUUGUGGAGCGGCAGACACGUCACAGAGCGCACCUGAUAUGGAAUGUUGAGGCCUCCGCAGUUUCGCGGGAAAGUUAUGGCCGUAUGGAUCGAGUGUAUUCUGGAGGCGUUUCCCUGCCGCAACUUCCCAAGAUCGUAGAUAAACAGUUUCUAUCACCAACAUGAGUUGGAGCUUUCUCACUCGUCUUCUGGAGGAAAUCCACAACCACUCCACGUUUGUGGGGAAAGUGUGGCUGACUGUUUUAAUAAUUUUCCGCAUCGUUCUGACAGCAGUGGGAGGUGAGUCGAUAUACUCAGAUGAGCAGACAAAGUUCACCUGCAACACUAAGCAGCCUGGCUGCGACAACAUAUGCUACGAUUCCUUCGCCCCACUCUCACAUGUCCGGUUCUGGGUGUUCCAGAUCAUUAUGAUAUCCACCCCUUCUGUCAUGUACCUGGGUUAUGCCAUACAUAAGAUCGCACGUUCCUCGGAGGAGGAAAGGCGCAAGAAGCAGAGACAUCAGAAGAGGAGUCGACACAGCCGUUGGAGAGAUGAACAUCACCAAGGGGAGGUUUUCGAGGGUGAUAAUUAUGAUGAUGCAGAGCCAAUGCUCUAUGAAGAAGACACUCUGGAUGCACAUGAAGUUAACCCAGAGACAGACAAGGGCAAAAAGCAAGAUCUCGUAAAGCAUGAUGGCCGUCGCAAAAUCAUGCAAGAAGGGUUAAUGAGGAUGUAUGUGCUUCAGCUUUUAUCCCGUGCUAUCUUUGAGGUAGGAUUCCUCACGGGUCAGUAUCUCCUUUACGGCUUUCGUGUGAACCCCUUGUACAUCUGCAACAAGAUCCCAUGUCCACAUCGAGUAGACUGUUUUGUUUCACGCCCCACAGAGAAGACCAUCUUUUUGCUCAUCAUGUAUGUCGUGAGCUGUCUUUGUCUACUGCUCAACAUUUGUGAGAUGUUCCACUUGGGAAUUGGUGCAUUACGUGAUACUCUUCUUAAGCGUCGAAACCAAGGCCGACAACCUUCCUAUGGCUACCCUUACUCCAGGAACAUACCUGCUUCUCCGCCAGGGUACAACCUAGUGAUCAAAGCAGACAAACCAGGUUGCAUUCCCAACAGCAUCCUAUCACAUGACCAAAACUUGGCCAGUGUUGUUCUGGAGCAACAUUGCACAAGUCCUGAUGAGAACAUUCCAUCUGAUCUGGCUAGCUUGCACCACCAUUUACGGGUAGCUCAAGAACAACUGGACAUGGCUUUUCAGACAUACAGCACAAAAAAUGCUCAGACUUCCAGAGCCAGUAGCCCUGUUUCUGGUGGCACAAUAACGGAGCAGAACCGGGUCAACACAGCACAGGAGAUACAGGGUGCGCGACCUAAAGCCAGCACUGAGAGGGCUGGGACAAUAGUAAAAAAUGGAAAAACAUCUGUGUGGAUUUAAAUCUUAAUGGUAAACUACUAUUUGACUACUUGCACUGUAAGUUUACCAUCAUCUUUGGAUGUGUUGGUCAGAAAACACUGUCCCUGCUGAACCAAGCUACUGUUAGUGAGGGCAUGGUAGAACACCACGUCCCCAAUGAUCUGAUGAACAUUUAACAAAAAGCAACAAUGAAUACCAGUCUAGAUUGUUUAGAGGGAUAGUAUUCAUUUCUGAAAAUAUGUUCAGUAGAACUUUAUUCAUAUUGCUUUACUUGUGCUCACCCAUCCUCAGAAGAAUUCUUAAUGUACUUCUAGAUAUAUUAUACUACGUAUUAUGUUUCUCUAAGUUCCAAUGCAUGCAAGUGUAUUGACCAUAUUGGAAGUCUGUUAAACAAUUUUGACAUUCAUGGAUCACUGGUUUAGUUUAACUUUAUAAAAACAACACUUAUGCAACUACUAUAUUUAAAGCAAAUCAGGAGGAAACUGAGAAGCUACAGUACUUUGGCACUGAAAA